GUGCGUCGGUACGCGUCGGGUCUUUACUGGGUUUAGAGUCUAGUCCAGUUCGGCUGCAUUCCUCCUCUCUCUCUCUCUAAAGCCUGGCCGCUAGAGACAGAGAAAGAAAGAAAGGAGGAGGAGGAGAAGGAGGAGGAGGAGGGAGAGAGAGAGAGAGAGAGAGAGAGAGAGAAAACACAAAUUAUCAUUCACAGCCGCUCUGCUUGUACGUGUUCCCGGAGAGGAGUCCCAUCGCACCGGGCGGACGCAGCCAACAGACCGGGCCUCGCUACACCAACGGCGGCCAGACCUACCACCUCUUGGAGCUACAAGAACCGUACAAAAAUGGGUGUAUUCCGGUGACGGGAGUUCUCGGUGAUGUGUACCGACAAGAGAGAGAAAGAGCUUCGGUGAAAGAGCCCCCCCCCCCCCUCCACGGAGCCUUUUCCACGGCGGAUAUGUCCUGUUUUUAAAAUGAGGAUUUGCAAGAUGGCUGAUGACAGCUAGCCAUAACAAGGACAGAGCAGCGGCGUCCCCUUAAGAGCAGCAGGCUAGAUUUUUGGUAUAUUUUAUUAGCUCUAUCUAUAAAAAAUCAUAUCUGCUUUUAUAAAUAAUGACAGUAGCUUGUGUUAGAAAGUGCCAGAACAUCUGUCCGCUGUAGUGUUUGUCUGUACCUGUGCAAUGGGAGAAAAUGGUGAGGUGACGUCUGAGGCGAUUUAGCCGACCAAAUCUGAUGUUAGCUUAAAGGCUAAAGACGACAAUAGGUAAAUAAGGCGGAGAGCAAAGGAAAAAAGAGGCCAGGGAGAUUGGGAAUACGAAUCUGUGGGUUCGGAGGAGAUAUUUGAUCGAUGUGUCGGGGAAGGGGGUGGGGGGGAAGAGGAGGCGAAAGGCUCCGCAACAGCAGCCAACAUUCCUGCGGAUCCUAAAACCCUUUGUUUUGUGCGCAGGAGCUGGACUGGACUAUUAAAACGAUUAACUAUGCAGUAAACAGCCUCGAAAUGAUGGCCCGGCUAUGAUUUGCUCUUUAAUGAGAUUAUAAGGCCUUUGUUGUCGACUGAACACUCGCAGAAAAAGCCGAGGCCUUGUGUACAGAUAUGCGAGCUGUGCCACAUAGCAGGCGUUCUUAUUAUUCAUCCACAGAAAAUGAGCCUUUUAUGUGGGACUAGUGAAGGGCUUCAGGUACCAGGGGGGCAUUUGUCUGCUCUGUGAACAGUAUUUCUCGUGUUACUGCCAAACAUCGUUGGGUACAAUAAUAAUAAUAAUUGCAUUGGAUGGUGGAUGGUCGAGGCUCCUCAGAUACUUAUUUAUGAUUCUGUGGACAAAAGCAUCGUGGCUGAGAUGUGAUUAUUAAGGGAAUCAGUCCAGUCACCGAGGUCCAGUUAAUACAGAUUCAGGUCUAAGAGCUCUCUCUGGUGUGAAUAGUAUUCAGGGUGUGGACUCAAGGCAGCCUUUUCAUGGUUUUCAUGCUUGGUUUGUUUGCCUGAAUUGGUCCACAGUCAAUCAUAAUCCGACAGUGAAGUAAGCUGGAGGUGAAGGCCUGAGCAGACAGACAGCAGGACAGGAGGAUCAAGUGUCUUUUCAUGUGCUGUACAGAGAUUGAUUCACCUUCAGAGGAACUGUAUACAUAUUUAGUUCUCUGUGCCUUGUUUGCGUUUAUGGUUUACCUGUAGCUGACAGGCUUUUAGCUUCCUGUAGGCCUGCACACACAUAUCUAAACAUUCACAGCAGCUGUAAAGGCAGACGCUGUGUGGGAUUUAGAGGAAAGGAAAGCACCGUUUACUGUAAUCUGUAUCACGUCAGCCUCUGCUGUGUGUGUUGAAAUCACCCACGUGUUGUCAUUCUCUCCCAAAGCCUUUUCUGGUCGAUUUCUGGAAUUUGCCUUCAUGCUGCAGCAAUAAGCAAUACAUGUUAUCUGUCAGGGAGACUCGUCUCGACUAGUUUGGUUACAAGGAUUGAAGUCUUUCAGGGGAGGUCUGUUUUUAUCUUCUGUUUUUUUUUUUUUUUUUUUUUUUGAGACUGGUUUUGAGCUUUCUGCUUACUGUGUUGUGAACAGAGACAGAUCUAAGUGGAAGGCAGACUAAGUGUAUGCCUGCUCCUGCUCGCACCAUGAUGGCCUCUGACAUGGCUGAGACAUGGAGGAACUGUUUUGAGGAGGAGCUUAUCUGCCCGAUCUGCCUGCACGUGUUCUCAGACCCCAUCCAGCUGCCCUGCAAGCACAACUUCUGCCGGGGCUGCAUCAGCGAGGCUUGGGCCAAAGACUCGUCUCUGGCCCGCUGCCCUGAGUGCAAUCACGCUUACACGCAGAAGCCCAGCCUGGAGAAGAACCACAAACUGUCUAACAUAGUCGAGAAGUACAACGCCCUCAGUGUGGAAAAGGCCUCCACGCCUGCUCUGCAGUGUAUCCUGUGCCGCCGAGGCCCGCCGCUCCCUGCAGUCAAAGUGUGUCUGCGCUGCAACGCCCCGUGCUGCCAGUCCCACGUUCAGACGCACCUGCAGCAGCCGUGCUCGGCCCUGGGGCACCUGUUGGUGGAGGCGGAGGCGGUGAAGGCCUGGACCUGCCCACAGCAUGACGAGUACAGACUGUACCACUGUGAGGCUGAGCAGACAGCGGUGUGCCAGUACUGCUGCUUCGCCCGCUGCCACCCCAGCCACGGGCAUGCAGUCACUGAUGUGGAGCUACGACGCAACGACAUAAGACAAAGCCUGUUACGACAGCAGGAGCGUAUAGAGGAACGAGUGCAGGAGAUAGAAGAGCAGCUCUGUAAACUGGACUCAGACAAGUGUGUAGUCGAGGACAGGGUAUGUGAGCUGAAAGAGGAGGUCCGUCUGCAGUACCAGCGGAUGCAUCAGCUCCUGGAGGAGGAUCUGGGUCGGACGCUGGAGGCCGUGGAUCGGGCCCAGUCACGGUUCUGCCAGGAGAACGCCACCCAAGUUUUGGCUCUGGGAGAGCAGCGUCAUGAAGCACAGAAGCUGCUAAGCUCCAUCCACACGGCAUUCAGUAAAGCUGAAGAACUGAGCUUCAUGAAGAACACCAAGCCCGUCAAAAUCCUCACAGACAGGUCUCAGGCAUGUGUGGGCAGCAGUCUCCCUCCUCACAAAGUGGGGAAUCUAAACUCAAAGUUGUUCCUCUCUGAAAUCUCCAAAAGAGAGAAGAGCUUGAGGAGAACGUUGGAGGCUCCUCUCACCCCUCCCUCGAUCUUCCUGCAGUCUGUUCCUGCGUAUCCCAGUGGUCAGAGCUCCAGCACUGGAGCAGAGAAACGGAAACAUUCCACUGCUUUCCCAGAAGGAAACGGGAGCGUCAGCAAAAAUGCCGCGCCAGGUUUCAAAGACUCCUCCUCCUCCUCCUCAUCAUCUUCUUCCUCAUCGUUAGCAAAGCAGCCCUACCUGGGCUCCAGCUCCGCCUCGGGAGAAGGUCAAUCCUCCAAUCAGCAGCCUCUCGGCCCCUGUGGCCCACCCCACAUCAGCGAGAGCGGUGGUACAGGAAGCGGGAGCGGCUCUUUGACCAAUCAUCAUUCGGGAUCUGUGUUCGGCUCCUCGCACUUUCCCCCUGGAGGCAGCAGCUCCUCCCACUCCUCCCAGCAGGCCGUGCUGCCGCAGUACGGCGGCCGCAAGAUCCUAGUGUGUACGAUGGAUAACUGCUAUUGCUCUGGAGUUCCCUCUGUGUCGGGGCACCGUAGCCAUCCUCCGUACCCCCGCUCAGGCUCUUUCCCAUGGGUCAGUGCCCAAGACUACCCCCCUCCCCCGGGCCUGACCUCUGGGGGUCCGUCCAUGCAGGGUUUGGCAGUGAGGGACUGGAUAGACGCCUCACAGACACACAGACAUGCAGAUUUCUAUGGGCUGUAUGGACAGCCGUCAACAAAGCACUACGUCACCAGUUAACAUAGUGUAGAACACACACAUAUACAGGAAAAUGUAGAAGUACCAGAGGGAUUCUAGUCACCAUUACUGCGUUGUCAUCUACAAUAUUCACUCAUUUGAAUACAAACUGUUCUUAUUGUCCACCAUUCUCCUUCUGCCUUCGAUGUAAUGUUUCUCUACACAGACGUGUCUCGGUAACCAACAUGAAUGUCCUGUUCCCAGCUGCUCCAACAGCCAACAUUGUCCUAAACCCAAAGCAAAAUAAAUAAGCACUUAUUUAAUGAGGAGUACCGGCCCCAUUUGAGACCUGGGACUGCAGUAGGGUUUUGUCAAUAGUCAAUUUCUCUUUCUAAUAAUCUCAUAGCUGUUUAGUUUAGCAUGGUGAACCACAUCCGACACCAGAGUUCACCAGGGGACCACCAAUCCUGAAAUUCUGGGUCAAUAUCUACUAUUAAAACCUCAAUUUGGCCGAUGACACCCACUGCCAAUACCACUGUUUUUUGUUUUACUUGUUUACAUUGUCUUCAUGUUGACUAAACUUGCAUAAACUUGACUUAGCUAUCAUUUCACUUUCACAAUUACUUAUCAGAGACACACAACAUGGACCACAAAUAAAGGUGCUUUGACACCUAUUUCUGUUCUGGACUUACAGACUUGUCAGUCUGCCUCCCCAGCCACAGUGCUGACCAAAAAAAAGGUCUUUGAUUGAACCCAUGGUGGUGGUCCAGAUAACAGUGAACCCUGGAUUUCUUCAUUUGUACCAUGAAAUCACAGGAAGUUAAUUAUAGUUACUAUAAUGAAAACAAACAACGUGGCAGUUGAACAACUUACUGACAUCUGAUACCGAUAAUAACAACAGAAUGUAUUAGUCUGCCACUAAAGUUGCAGCAGUGUGGUAAAAAACCUACAUUUGGAACUUGGUUCAGAAUUUAAAGGUACAGUGUGUAAGAUUUUUAGUGUUCUUUCCAAUAAUCAAUCUACUUAUUGAUUAUAAUUGAAUAAAAAAUAGUGCUCAAUCAGUCAAAGAAAAACUAUCUGAUUACAUUUAAUCUUGAAAAACCCGUUUAAAUACAUAGUGUGGGUACUGCUUGCUGGUUGCCGCUAUUAUCAACGCCAUUUUUUUUUUCCCUACAUGAGCCGACAGAGGACAAAAGUCGAUCAUAUGUAACUAUUUUAUUCAGGCAUACACAACACAACAUAAAUUUAGGCACAGACGACAUAAAUUAGUCGCACAAAACAGUAAGUGAUGUAGCCCAUAAGCCUACUUGCAUAGCCUAUAGCCAAUACGCAUGUGGAACAAGUACAAAGAAAUAGUAAGACGUUAUUCUACAAACCUCUACCCUUUCCCCAUAAGUCAAAGAUUCUGUAAAAUUCGGUAUUGUGGAAGAUUCUGGAGUCCUGCUUCUCCCUCGACCCCUACCCCUGCUUCUGCCUCUUCCUCUGGUCGUAGGAAUCCGCUCACUCUAAUUAAAAAAAAAUAAAAAAAACUCUAAAUACAAACAAACACUGAAUCCCUAAAAGGACAUAACUUUAGAAAUUUUAUUUGUACCGCUUUAAUGACAGCAAACUGAACGACCAUCAGCAAAAACGGUCAAACUAGAAUAACCAAAAUCAUGUUCUUUUAAGAUAUCCACGUGACAAAUAUCUUAAAUCUUUUCACGUUCAAUUCAUGAUUGUUUUUGUUUUUCUACACGUACCUCAUUGAUCCAUGGAUGUGAUAACAGAGAAGUUGAGGUGCUCAACAUUUGAGCAGGUUGUGGAAACGAAGUAUUCGAAAAUCACAAAAGAUACAGCCAACACUUUUUGUCCCAAAGUGCCAGCUCGCAACACCUAACAGAGAAAUCGCACUGUCUUUGCAUUGAUUCAAGUAUUUGCUACCACCGAUGGUAGGGGAGUUACACACUGUACCUUUAAGGGAUGAAACUGCCCUUAAGCAACGACUGAGGAACAUAUUGAACUGGAAUUAGGCUGUAUUCAAUCAGACAGGUAAACGGCAGAUAGUAAAUCCCUAAACAGCUGUUGGCUCGAUAACAUUAGUGGAUGGACUUGCGAAGCUGCAGUAGUUCUCUGAAUAAACUGACCCCAAAACAGUGUGACAUUCUUCUGAACUCCAGUGUAGGUUCCUCUAGCGGACAAUCUAAUGUAGGAAAACAUUCAGUUGAUGUCACAAAACCAACAUGUACAGGACGCUCCAACAGCAUUUAGUACAGAUAUGUUGUAACCAUUAAAAACUGGAUCAAGGUUAAUGGAGGGAAGGUCCAGAAGUUCUCAGACAAAUGUAAUAAGUUUAUUCAUCAAAAAAGCUCAGUUAUUAUUUUUUUUUAUGAAAGCUCCAUUAGUGUCAAGACAUUUUUACAAUCUAUGUUUCCAUUGGUAGAUUCUACAAAGAAGGAAUCUUUGACAUUUGUCGGAGAACUUUUUGGACUUUCAGAGGGUCCGUAGUUACCGUGGAAACACCAUCAUCUUCUGCAACAUUGAUUCAACAGUUGGAUCAAUGACAGUGGACGGACACACUAGUUUUAUAUUCAGUUAAUAUAUUUUGUUGAAAAAGUCACUUUUUCCUCCUCGUCUGAUUUAAUCUAAUAACCUGUGACUUUACUUACGAACAUCUACAUGAUCAGUGAAUUAAAUACAGGAAAAUACAUGAUUUACACUGAAAAAUGCUAAAUGCUGUGGAUAAUAUUACAACAAAUGAUGAUAAAUUACUUGGGAAAGACCAAAAAAUCAUUUGGAAGUUGUGACAAAAAUAGUUGUGGGUUAAGGUCCCACCCAAAGAUCACCCAGGUCUGACCCUCCUUAGCUACUGAAAUUGGCUGCGUUUAGAGCGGUACGGCUGUAAUUGUGUAAAUGGAAGAAACUAAAAAGAGGAGUGUUGGAUUGUAGUUACUGUCUCUGGCUGGUGAGCAGGUCGCAGGAAACAGUCAAACCAAAGAUGGUGGUCAGGGCUUCCAGAAAACACCUGGACGAUCCAAAAUGUACUGGAGGUGGACAGUGUGCAGAUGUGUGUGAUGUCAUUCAGUCUGUGGAACCGUUUAAUCCUCUACCGAGUCAUUGUUGACGUAGACAACUGUUAAAUCUCACGUUCUCAGAUACAGAUUCACCUGUUGAGGUGCGCGGACAAAAUACAAACUCCACACACAGAUGAUCUGUGAGCGGACGGUGGUGAACACUUCGCAUUCAGCAACGCUAAUGAAAUGAAAGUGAAGUGGUUCUGGCCUGGAAAAUGUGUUAUCGAAUGUUAGUAACCCUUUCAAAACAGAGUUAAAAGGAUAUGGAAAGUGAUGUAGGCCAUGUCCACACGAAACCACAUCUUUUCCUAUCCCAUCUUUUUUUUUUUUUUUUUUUUUUCCCAAAAGUGCUCGUCAUGUCGGGAAAUAUCUGCGUCCACAUGAAACCACUGAAAACAAUUGAGUACAAAUGUAGGUGGCGUUGUAAUGCUCUCACAAAAAAUAAAGAAGAAGAACAUGUGGAGCAUGUGCAGAAAGCUUGUGCACUGUAAACAAACCAUAGAUUACCCAACAACAACAACAUCUCUGCACUAGAUCCAAGAGCAUGUAGUGAAUAUUGUUGCCAUUAUCGUUUGUUGCUCAUUGAAAUUAAAGUCUAGAUGAAGACUUUGAUUCCAUGUUUCCAAUCAGCUCAAAAACUGUUGUAGCAGGAGCACUACUGUUGUCCACCCUUUGUGGUGGUGUUGUGAAGUGGCGUCCUUCUUCCGGGAUGAAAGGUUAGAGAGGUGGGGCUAUGACAUCAUCGUUUUAGAAAAGUUGUGGUUUGUUCGUUCAGAUUAAGAUGUGAAACCAACAUAUUCAAAUGUAUCCACUGUGGGAGCCAGUUUCAGAAAGUUUCAGUGACUAAAAACAUUGUUUUCGUGUGGACAAAAGACCUAUCCGAUACAAAACUUUUGCAGAUACGACCGAAACCAUCUUCAUGUGGACAGGAACUUAGCCCACGUAUCCCCGUAAAUCAGUAAAACGUGGUACACCAGGUUGUCUGCGCAGAAAAUGAGACCAAAUUCUUCCUAUUCGUGAAAGAAUCAUCAUGAAUGGAACUACUUCUGGGUCAAAAGACGAUAUUCCAAAUCUCUCUUGACGGGACAUUUUAGAGACAAUUUGACAGAUUAGUGUUGCUAAAUGACCCACGUUUUUACUUUUGAAUUAAUUUUUGCUUUAGUUGGACCAUGAAAGAUUAUCCAAAACAAGCAGCUACUUUAUGUUGUUGUGAAGUGGCGUCUUGCUUCCGGAGUGAAAGGUUAGAGAGGCGGAGCUAUGACAUCAUCAUUUUAGAAAAGUUGCGGUUUGGUAGUUCAGAUUAAGAUGCAAAACCAGCAUAUUCAAACGUAUCAACUCUGGGACCCGAUUUCAGGAAGUUGCGGUUUCAGUGACUGGAAACACCGGUUUCAUGUGGACAAAAGACUUAUCCGAUACAAAACUUUUACAGGUACAACCGAAACCGUCUUCGUAUGGACAGGACCUGAGCUAACGUAUCCCCGUAAAUCAGUGAAACGUGGUACACCAGGUUGUCUACACAGAGAACAAGACCAAAUUCUCCCUGUUCGUGAAAGAACCAUCAUGAAUGGAACUACUUCUGGGUCAAAAGACGAUAUUCCAAAUCUCUCUGACGGGACAUUUUAGAAACAGUUUGACAGAUUAGUGUUACUAAAUGACCCACGUUUUUACUUUUAAAUUAUUUUUUACUUUAGUUGGACCGUGAAAGAUUAUCCAAAACAAGCAGCUACUUUAUAUUGAAAUAAAUGUUGGAAUGGUGAUCAAUCAAAGUUCGCCCUGUUGAACAGUGCAUUACUGUGUUUGGACCGUUCUGGACCUGCCGUGCGAGUUGUAACCGACAGCGCCACCUUCUGAUGACAUCACACAGCGUGGACACAAACUUUUGUAAUUCACAUUUUCUCAACUUUUUUAUUUUAUGGUCACUUUUGCUACAAAUUUGACAUUUUCCACUAACGACCUCAGCUUUUCCAGCGCAGUAAUGGUGUCUGUUAGCCGUGGAUCGCUGGAUUUGCCGAUAGAGAUGAGACACCAAAUAGCACACAUGUACCGACUCCAAGAAGUGGAAGAAACACACCAGUACACUCUGAUUCUGCUGUUAGUACCACACACUCAUCCAAGUAUAAGGAUUAGAACUACCGUACACACAUCUUCGGGGGCAGGGUUAAUCUUGGUCUUUUCUUUUCUUAAUUUCCUUUCCUUCCUCGUUUGUUUGUAUUUUCUUUGCGCUCAGUGUUUCAUGUAGUGUAUUUAAAUGCAUAUAUAGCGACUCAGCAUUUAACACAUUCAGACGAGUCGGACACAAACACUGGGGCUGAGGAGGAGCCGACGGGACCUAUGUGGUGUUUAUGUACAGACAGGAGGAACUCAAACGUCACAUCUGGGGGAGGGGAGCCGAGCGGCAACCAUCUUCCAACUGUCGGUGUCGGAUGUUUCCUCGGCGUACGCCCCUUCUAGUCUUACUGAGGUUGAAUGCCUUACGUUAUUAGCCUCAUAUUUUCAAGUUCUUUUACUAGGUCCUUCAAAGCAGACUCUGGUGGUCCCUAUCUGUCCUUCGAUUUCUUUUGUCAUGACGCUUCCUUCCUUUCUUCGCUGGAUGGCUUGAACACAAACGCUCUUCCAUGUUCCCGGUUUUUGAGGAACACCCAUAACGCGGACCGCCUUGUUCUGCCCAAGGGACAACAUCAGAGCUGAGCGUCUGAUCCCGGCUUCUGGGAUUUUUCUUUUUUUUUUUUUUUUUUUCUUUUUUUUUUGUUGUUGUUGUCCCCUUCCAGGAGCAGGAAUCCCAAUCCCCCACUUCCUGCUGCCGAGGCUUCCCACCGGACAGAAACAGAAAGGCCCAUUCUGGCAGGACACUGUUUUCCAUUGGACUUUGUCUUAUUAUUUGGUCCAUGUGUAGGAUUCACACGUCUCUGGACGGACAGAAACCAAUCAAGCAUCUGGAGGAUCUGACGAUGCUGUAAUUGUACUUCCUGCAGGGCAAAGAUGUCACUUCCUCUCACUAAGCACACAAGCUCUUCUUGGCUUCCUGUUUGCAGCUGUAAGCAUGCAGGGAAGAGUUUUUUUAAGCACUCAAAAGCAGAACAAUGGAGUUAAAAAAAAAAAAACAAAACUGUAUGCAGUUUUAAAACAGUGUGACGACGAAUGGGGUGGGAGGAGUUUUUUUUGUUUUUGUUUUUCAUGAACUUUUUGUAAAAGACUGGACUGCUAGUUGUGAGCAACGGUCAUCAUCCGAAAGAAGCUAUUACAACAAUUGACAGGAG